GGGACGACAUAGAUUUUGAAGAAUAAAUUAAUAAUUUUAAAAUUAUGAAUAAAGUCUUACUAUUUUUUGCUCACAAUAUUAUGUGCGCGUAUUGUGUAUUUUUACAUGAAUUUAUGUGGAAUUUCAAUGCUUCGUCGUAUUGAAACUCAACAAAUGACCAAGUCGUAUCAAAUGCCAGCACGCAGUCUAAGUAUGCAGUGCCUUGCCACGUCAGCUGAUUCUUACCUUAAAACGGAUUUAAUUGCCGAAUUGAAGAUAUCAAAAGACUUUACGGGCAUUAAGAAAAUGAAAGUAGAGAAACAGUCGGCCGGUCAAUUUGAUAUUGAACAUUAUCCCGAAAUUUCCAAACAAUUUUCGACAAACAAUUAUAUGGAUCAGGUUUAUAUGCAGAUUCCAGAAAAAGAUCAGGCUGGUAACAUCAUUCCGGAUUGGAAAUGUCAGAUGAUGGCGAAAAAGGCAACCGAACGAGCCAAGAAAGAAUUCGAAGAACGAAUGGCUAAGGAAGCAGAGAAUAGGCGCCUCUUACAAAUAGCUCAAUGGAAACGUGACCUACUAGCCAGGCGAGAGGAAAUCGAAAAUAAACUAAAAGUCUCAAUUUAUACACCCAAGGUGGAAAAUAAUCGUAGAGCUGAAACUUGGCAACUUAAGAAUCGAGCAAUUCCAAUUGAUAACAUUAAUUUGGUUUCUCCGAGCGUUGAUUCCCUUCCAAUUGCUUCCGGAACUUUUGACAAUAGUAACAAGGAACAAAAUGAACAAGCUGCGAUCAGAAGUAUGCCAGUAUCAGAUUAUAAUAUCAAUAGUAAUCAAUAAAACAAAGGAGAUGAAGCAGAUAACAUAAUACCAUGGCGAGCCCAGUUACGAAAAACCAAUAGUAGGCUAAGUUUAAUUUAAGAACGAAAAUUUCUUAACCCUAAUUCAGAUUUACAUAAUUGUGAGUUUGAACUAACUACUUGAGAAUUUCAUCUUUGCUGUUUACAGUUUAUAUGUGUACGUAAGUAUAUAUUAUACAUUUGCAUCAACUGAACAAUUCUUUACUCCUUAACAAAAUAGUAUAUGGAAUAGUUGACUUCGAAUCGCCAAAUGUGUAAAACAAAACUUGGUAGCCUUGAAGAUAGCAGUUGUGCCACUAUGUGAGAUAUCCAAAUACUCUCUCAUAUAAAUUUAAAUAUGUA